UAUAUCCGACAGGCACUGCAGCGGGCACGCGCAUGUCUUCUUUCCACGGUGCGUGUGCAGACAGACCACCUGAUGCUGUCCGCUGUGCUCCGCUGUGCUCGCCCCGCCCACACCUGUCCAGCCUUCUGCCGCUCACUGGCCCAGUUCACAGCCCGUAUGGACCCGGACCCCAGCCGCCCUGUGGAGGGGGCCAUCAGAGCCAAACUGACCACUUCACUGAACCCACACCACUUAGAGGUCCACAAUGAAAGUCACAUGCACGCCGUGCCCCCCGGGUCCGAGUCCCACUUCCGGGUCCUGGUGGUCAGCGCCCACUUCCAGGGUCUGUCUCUGCUACAGCGCCACCGUCUGGUCAACGAGGCUUUGAAGGAGGAGCUGAGCAGCUGUGUUCACGCUCUGGCCAUCCAGGCCAAGACCCCUGAGCAGUGGGACCAGAACCCCACCCUGGCUAAGAGUCCCCCCUGCAUGGGGGGCUCCAAGGGAGACCACACUGUGGAGGAGAAACUCACAGCUGGCCGACAGUGACCACUGGACUAGACUGGACUGGACUGGACUGGACUGAGCUGCUACACAGACCUGACCCCUUUGACCACAUUAUAAAGCUGGAUUUGAAAUAAAAUGUAAACCAGUUUUUAUUUUGGGCCAAACUUGAGGCAUAGGCUUUGUGUUCAGCUCAGAUCAGCACCUCUAACAGAAGUAUUACAUUUGAAGGGUUGUAACAGUUCAGCUCUAAUAAACUCCUUUAUAACUGUUGGUUUUACUGUUUCUGACC